AUGGGUAAGAAAGCGCAAACAGGAAAGGCGAAGCCAAAGAUCGACGACAAUGGCGUUUUGAUAGUGCCACCACCGAGAACCAUUGCGAACCAGGAUCAUUUCCACAGACUCAACUACCUCUACCAACUAUCCGCGUACCAGACAAAGCCGAGAGCGGGCGCCGUAAAGGGGCACACGCCCUUGGCGCGCAACUACAUCAAGUCGAUGGACUUGAUCAGCAAAAAGACCAAGACCUCGCUGCUGCCCACACUAAAGAGAACCAUCUGCAAAAGAUGCCAUCGGCUGUUAUGGGCGCCCAAGCGGCUGGAGAUCACGCGCGACGGCGCGCUCGCGGUGGUGUGCGGGUGCGGCGCCGUGAAACGCUACAACGUCGCGGCCGACGCCGACUACAAGACGUACUCCGAGCGGGAGGGUAACCUCCUCAACCCGUAG